AUGCCCGGAAACGCGCACUACACCUAUUUCAUGCUGGAGUCAAGUGUUGAAAUUGUCUCGCGCACUAUCAAGGACAUGACAGGACAUGACAGCCCGUCUAGAAUGCAAACAGAAUGCGCUGGCAGAGGUGAGAGAUAUUCGUACAGAUCGAGAGCGGGAAUGAUCAAUGCCUAUUUCAAAAGAAGUCAUUUCGGCGUAUGUAGCUGCUGCGCAUGUGCGGCCUACACGAAGAAAGCUCUCCACGAUCCAAAAGGCAAAAGGAAGGCUACCGACGAGCUCGGAGUGCUGCAUGUGAUCUGCCAAGUCCCUGAUUGUUUGUAUAUCGAUAGACCGGUUGCUACCAAUCCAUCGUCAUUUAUUGAAGUUGAAGUCGGGGACUGGCGCUCCCCAGCGCCGCAACGAUUUAAUGGUCAGGACUCGGAACCGAGGGUCAGCGCAAUUGAAGGUCCAACAGUGGUUUACACAGAGAGAAUAUCUCCGACUGCUGGCGCCGAUGGCGAGUCGCCUAUCAGUGACCUGGCCGGGUUUGCGCUUAAUGGGGUGUCUCGGGGGAUGAGUGUCCUCCAGAAGCAACUUGAAUCUUAG